AUGGUGAAGUUCACAGCGGAUGAGUUACGUCGCAUUAUGGACUACAAGCACAACAUUAGAAACAUGAGUGUGAUCGCUCACGUUGACCACGGAAAGUCGACUCUAACAGACUCUCUAGUUGCUGCUGCUGGGAUUAUUGCCCAGGAAGUAGCAGGUGAUGUCCGUAUGACGGACACACGUGCUGAUGAAGCUGAGCGUGGUAUAACAAUCAAGUCUACUGGUAUCUCACUCUACUAUGAAAUGACUCCCGAGUCUCUCCAGAAUUAUAAGGGGGAGCGUAAUGGAAAUGAGUAUCUCAUAAAUCUCAUUGAUUCGCCUGGGCACGUCGACUUUUCAUCGGAGGUUACUGCUGCACUGCGUAUUACUGAUGGAGCCCUUGUGGUUGUUGACUGUGUGGAAGGUGUAUGUGUCCAAACUGAAACUGUGCUGCGACAAGCCCUUGGAGAAAGGAUCAGGCCUGUUCUUACAGUUAAUAAGAUGGACAGGUGCUUCCUUGAGCUUCAGGUUGAUGGCGAGGAGGCGUACCAGACCUUUCAAAGAGUGAUUGAAAAUGCUAAUGUGAUUAUGGCUACAUAUGAAGAUCCACUUCUCGGUGAUGUUCAGGUGUAUCCAGAGAAAGGUACAGUUGCUUUUUCUGCUGGUUUGCAUGGUUGGGCUUUUACUUUGACAAACUUUGCAAAAAUGUAUGCCUCAAAAUUUGGUGUUGAUGAGUCCAAGAUGAUGGAGAGGCUAUGGGGAGAAAAUUUCUUCGAUCCAGCCACAAAAAAAUGGACCACCAAGAAUACUGGUUCAGCUAGUUGCAAGCGUGGGUUUGUUCAGUUCUGUUAUGAGCCUAUUAAGCAGAUCAUUAACACUUGUAUGAAUGAUCAGAAGGCUAAGUUGUGGCCAAUGCUUACAAAGCUAGGAGUCACCAUGAAGUCUGAUGAGAAGGACCUGAUGGGUAAGCCAUUGAUGAAACGUGUCAUGCAGACCUGGCUUCCAGCAAGUACUGCACUCCUAGAAAUGAUGAUCUUCCAUCUUCCUUCACCAUCAACGGCCCAGAGGUACCGUGUUGAGAAUUUGUACGAGGGUCCCCUUGAUGAUCAAUAUGCAAAUGCUAUCCGAAACUGUGAUCCUGACGGACCUCUCAUGCUUUAUGUCUCAAAGAUGAUUCCAGCAUCUGAUAAAGGAAGGUUUUUUGCUUUUGGCCGUGUAUUUGCCGGUAAGGUGUCAACAGGUUUGAAGGUCAGAAUUAUGGGACCAAAUUAUGUCCCUGGGGAGAAGAAAGAUCUAUAUGUGAAAAGUGUUCAAAGAACUGUCAUUUGGAUGGGAAAGAGACAGGAGACUGUUGAGGAUGUGCCCUGUGGUAACACUGUUGCUUUGGUUGGUUUGGAUCAAUUUAUCACAAAGAAUGCUACAUUGACAAAUGAGAAGGAAGCUGAUGCCCACCCUAUCCGAGCUAUGAAGUUUUCUGUCUCUCCUGUUGUGCGUGUUGCUGUUCAGUGCAAGGUUGCUUCAGAUCUUCCUAAGCUAGUUGAAGGUCUCAAACGUUUGGCUAAGUCAGAUCCUAUGGUUGUUUGUACUAUUGAGGAGUCUGGAGAACACAUUAUUGCUGGUGCAGGAGAGCUUCAUCUAGAGAUCUGUUUGAAGGACUUGCAGGAUGAUUUCAUGGGUGGAGCUGAGAUCAUUAAAUCCGACCCUGUUGUGUCCUUCAGGGAGACUGUUCUAGAUAGAUCAAUCCGCACAGUGAUGAGUAAAUCACCAAACAAGCACAACCGGUUGUACAUGGAAGCAAGACCUUUGGAGGAUGGGCUUGCAGAAGCCAUUGAUGAAGGCACAAUAGGACCAAGGGAUGAUCCCAAGGUUCGCUCCAAAAUCUUGUCUGAAGAGUAUGGUUGGGACAAGGACCUUGCCAAGAAAAUCUGGUGUUUUGGACCUGAGACCACCGGACCCAACAUGGUGGUUGAUAUGUGUAAGGGAGUUCAGUAUCUUAAUGAAAUCAAGGAUUCUGUGGUUGCUGGAUUUCAAUGGGCAUCAAAAGAAGGUGCUUUGGCCGAAGAAAACAUGAGAGCAAUCUGCUUUGAAGUAUGUGAUGUUGUCCUGCACACUGAUGCUAUCCACAGAGGAGGUGGUCAGAUCAUCCCUACUGCCAGGAGAGUCUUCUAUGCCUCACAGCUGACAGCCAAACCCAGGCUUCUGGAGCCUGUUUACAUGGUGGAAAUCCAAGCUCCCGAACAAGCUCUUGGUGGUAUCUAUAGUGUUCUUAACCAGAAACGUGGACACGUUUUUGAAGAAAUGCAGAGGCCCGGUACCCCACUUUACAACAUAAAAGCAUACCUCCCUGUUGUUGAGUCCUUUGGAUUUUCCAGCACAUUGAGGGCUGCGACAUCUGGGCAGGCUUUUCCCCAGUGUGUCUUUGAUCAUUGGGAAACAAUGUCCUCAGAUCCCUUGGAGGCUGGUUCACAAGCUGCACAGCUUGUUACCGACAUUCGCAAGAGGAAGGGCCUCAAGGAGCAGAUGACUCCACUCUCAGAGUUUGAAGACAAGCUUUAA